AUGUCCAUCGUCGACAUCAAGACCAAGGCGCAGUUUGACGAGCUCGUCCAGAAGACGCCCUACGUCGCGCUGCAGGCCCACGCCGUCUGGUGCGGGCCCUGCAAGGCCAUCUCGCCCUUCUUCACCAAGUUCGCCACCGCGCUCGCGCUCCCCGAAAAGUACACCUUUGCGCGCUUCGACACGGACGAGGUGCCCGACCUCGCCUUUGAGCUCGGCGUCCGCUCCAUCCCCGCCUUCUUCUUCUUCGAAAAGGGCGACAAGACGGCCGACCUCACGGCCCCCAAGCCCCCGGCGCUGCAAAAGGUCGUCGAGGACCUCUCCACCAAGGCCAAGGCCGCCGAUGCUCGAUCCUUGUCCGGCGAAUGGACACGGACAAUACCCGCUACCCGCCGAACAAAAACAUGCAAUAUACCCGGGGCGAGCAACGGUCGAAUCGAACAGAGACGUGUCGCUCGCAGCUAG